AUGUCCGAAUCACCUACAUCUUCCUCAUCUUCCUCCACUUCAAUGCCCCGUUUACCUACCCCACCCUCACCAAUCCCAUCAUCCUCGCAUCUACGACCGUCACGUCCAAGAGGUGCAUCGAUCAACACUGCGCGAUCGUACUCUCAUAGCUCGACGAGGGAUCUGAGCGACUGGGAGAUCGAAGAGCUAGAGGAGAUACAUAGAGCAGGAGGGAGAGGUAGGAAGAGGAAUGAACCUACUUCUCCGCUCAAAGCUGUCUUAUACGUAGUCUCGCUCUACCUGAUAUUCCAGAUUCUAACUCGAUCAGACGAGCUCGACAUCUUCCCUUCCUCCAAUCCCUCCACCUCAUCCAUCCGACAAUCUCACUCACCACCUUCCUCGAUGGAAGUCCCGUCCUAUCCUCAUUUACCAUACGGUUUCCCACCAAUUCCCAAUCCUAUCCCUUCAGCCCUCCCCCCACAACCAGGGACAAGCUGGUGGAGAUUAUUCUUCGGCGUGUUACUCUAUCCCGUUUACCUACUAGCUACUAUCCUUACCACGCCAUUACCUCUAAUCCUCAACAUCUUAUACCUCCUUAAAGAACUGCUCAAAAUUAUCUUGUAUCCUAUACUUGUCGUACUCUACGCACUGUACGGGACGUUUAUCGCCGCUCCGUUAGGGGUAGUACGAAGAGUGCUAGAAGCUUUUUAUCCCUUGGUGGUAUUUAUAGGUGGAUUGGUGGGGGUCGGAUGUACACUCGGAUUGGGUGUAGGGUGGAUAGGAAGAUGGGUAUUGGAUAGUAUACUCAACUGGAAGAACAGACGACAAGCCGAAUCUAAACUAAGAAGAAGGGAGAAGAUGGAAAGGGAUAGGGAUAUGAAGGAUCUAAGGAGAAUCAGAGAAGCUGAGAUUGAUUUUGAAUUAGAAAGAUUACAUGAUAGAUUUAUACCUAAAACUCCUACUUCCACAAGUCAGAGUCACAGCUCAAAAGCAAGAAUGAUUAGUUCUGUUGGUGGGAGAAGACCGGUAUUGAAUUUGAAUAUUGGUACGACGAAUAUAAGAGGAACGAAGAAAGAUGAGAGAAGACAACAGGAUUUGCAAUCACAAUCACAAUCGCAACGAAGGAAAUCAGUUUCGUCGAGUGAAAGUGAAAGGUUGACUACUCCUACUGCAUCUUCCAGUGGAAGUGGGAGUGGGAGUAGAGGUGGUGGUAUAGGUACGGGGAAGAGGGAUCGUAGGAUUGAAACUUUCGAUACGACUUAUACGACUAGUACAGGUAUUGGUACGGGCAACAGGAAUAGUAAUAAAAAGAAAGAUGGAAGGAGAUUGAGUUUCCAAGAUCAAGAUAAUUUCGAAAGUAUGGGGAUUGGAAGUAGUAGGGAACCUAUGGUUGUUGGUAUUAGGAAAAGAGGUGUGAGAGAGACGUAUACUGUACACGGAUAG